GGAGCUUUCCUGUGUCUAACCCUGUGUGGGCCCUGUCCCUGGGGUAGGUGCUGCUUGUUAAAGUGAUCUCACUGAAUUGAAAGCACUAAUUUAAAUUUCCUCCUCUAAAUGGUUGGUGUAAACCCGUGUCCUGGUGUGUCCUGUUGUGUCCGUCCGCCCGCCUGCCUACCUGCCUCUCUCUGUGGUGCCUGCUGCUGGUUGCUCUCCCUGGCUCUCUGCUGGUGCUGCUGGUGUUGCUGGGAAAGUUGAAGGUGCAGGUUUGGCAGCUGCUGAAGGGUCAUCACCAUCUGCAGGAUGAGUUCUCCCUAUUCUUUGAUAGUCUCCGGCCUCCCAGCAGCAGAAUGAGUGACUUCGAGGAGGUGAACUGGACUGAGGACAAGGAAUAUGAGUUUGAUGGCUUCGAGGAGGUGGUGCUGCCUGACCUCGAGGAUGAAGAGGAGAUUCAGAAGAUGGCCCCUCUGCCGAGGAACAAGAAACGACGAGAGUGUCACCCGCAUGAGAAGAGCCUGGAUUCCAAAAGCUCAAAAGGGAAAGAUUCUGGGAAUGUUCUGGAAGCCUGGAGCCCACAACCUGGGAAUAAGGAUCCUGGGAAAGCCGGUGAUCUGGUGGAGGAUGACCUUGAGCAGAAGGAGGACCCUCACACUCCCGAUCCCAGCAAGGCUGAGCUAGCUGUCUCAGCUGGGGCUUCAGGGAGGCGCCCAUGUCUGCCCCCAGCAGCCUGUGAGGAAGGCCAGACCUGGGGGAGUGUGCUGUCCCCAGGCCCUGACCACUCGAUGAGCGAGGGCGACGAGAUAGAGAGUGCAGCAUCUCGGUUCAGGAUGGAGACUCCCAGCUCCCUGGUGGGAUCCACCAAUGAGACCUGCGGCCUCCCGGCUGAGGGCGAGGGGGGAAACAGCUCCACACAGCGGGGAGAGGGGGGCGAAGAGGAGGCAGACAGAGGAGGAGUAAUGAGGCACACGGCAGCGGAGGGAGCGCCUGGAUCCAGGGAGAACACGUCCAGAUCGCAGGGAGGGGACUGGGCCAGGCUCAGACCCCAGGCUCCAACCACAAAGGACCAAGAGCGCAGAGUGGCUGCUACCAGGGACCAGUCCCACCAGGAGGUGGGAACGCUGGGAGAGGGAGUGAGCUGGCGGGCAGAGGAGGAGGGGAGCCCUGGCUCGGCCUCCCUCCAGCCAGGAGGCCAUGCCUCGGUCAAGUUUGCCUCAGCCAGUGCCCAGGUCCGCUUCCAGAGCUGCCAGAAACUGUCUGACCUCUCUCCCAUUGACCUGCGGCUCACGCUGGCUCGCAGGGCCUUGCCAGACAGAAGCUUCCAGAGCAGUCGUGAGGACGAGACUGCCCUCGGAACUUCAGCCCGUGAAAGCCCGGCAGUGAGCCUUGCCCUAGGCCCCAGCUCCGAGAACUCACCGCUGCAGGCCGAGAGUGAUGAACAUUACAGCCAGGCCCAGGCUGCAGUCUGUGCUCAGAACACCCGACUCAGCUCGACAGGGGAACGCGUGGUGCUGUGGACAAGGGAGGCUGAUCGAGCAAUUCUCACAGCCUGUCGGGAGAGUGGAGCCAAUGAAGAGACCUUCCGGGAAGUGGCACAACAGCUGAACAGCAAGUCAGCCCAGGAGGUUUCACAGCGUUUCCGAGAGCUGAUGUGGUUGUUCCACACUUCGGGCGAUGCCAGUACUGACGAGGAAGAGGACAUUAUGAGCAGUAGUAACCCCGAGCAGCUCUCUGAUCGCCCGGUAUCCGAUGAGGAACAAGACUGACCCUCGCAGACCAGCUGGAUGUGUGUUCCUCCCCUGUAAUUACAGGGACAUUCCUUGCCGUGAGUCUUGUGACUGCCAAUGAGAAUGAGUGACUAAUUGAUGGCUGGAACUCUGACCU